AUGGUAAAUGAAUGUUUGUUAGCUAAAUGGUGGUGGAGAUAUGGUUCUGAAGAUAGGUCAUUGUGGAAGUCUAUCUUAAUUAGCAAAUAUGGCAGCGCUAGUGGAAAAUGGCUUCCAUUCACUGAGGAUGGUCAACAGAGAUCGAAAAUUUGGGGUGAUAUUCUCCAUAUGGCUGUUAGUAACACUCAACUCUACAGUUUCUAUGUGGCAAACUGUGAAAUUCAAGUGGGGAAUGGAACUAGAAUCAGAUUUUUGGAAAACCAUUGGAUUGGUGAAAAAUGUUUCAAGGAGGAACAUCUAAGGCUAUUUGAGCUGUCGUUGGAGCAAGAGGUCCCUCUGUCUCAUCUAGUUGAAAGGAAAAGAAUCACAUCAAGAUGGGACCUGAAGUUUAGGAGGAGAUUGAGGGUUUGGGAGGAACUUGAAGUUGUAAGACUCAUGGAUAAGUUAAAUAGCAAUACCCCAUGUUUGACUGAGAAAGCUGAUGCUUUGGUUUGGAAGGCUUCAUCAAAUGGUAUGUUUAGCACUGCUGCUGCUUACAAUAAACUUACAUCUGGGCAGAAAAAAAAAUAUCCUGAAAAUCCUCCAACAAAAUCUCAAAAAAUUGAUGUCAAAGAAAAUGAUAUUGGUUCAUUGGAGCGAGAUCCUGGAUUACGUAUACAGAUUUGGGAUUAUCAUGUUAAUCAACGUGAUGAAAUUCAACGAGGUUAUAUUAAGGCUAUACUUUCACAGUAUCCGAAAUCUGGAUCAACAACUCAUCUUCGUAGCUUUCAACUGUCAUGGUUCAAACUAUUUCCGUCAUGGUUGCAAUAUUCACCUACAAAAGAUGCAGCUUUUUGUUUACCAUGCUUUCUUUUUUAUAAACCAUGUGGAUCUGGAUACGAUGGGCAACAAGCAUUCACUGUUGAUGGAUUUCAAAAUUGGAAGAAAGUUAGGGAUGGAGCAAAAUGGGCUUUUUUAAAUCAUAUAGGAAAAUAUCCUAAUUCUUUUCACAAUGUUGCCGAGAGAUCAUGUGAAGACUGGAUGAAUCAAUUUCAACAUAUACAAAAGGUAUUGGACAAUUUCACUUCUAAACAAAUUGUAGAUAAUCGACUAAGAUUGAAGGUCUCAAUUGAUACAAUCCGAUUGCUUGCAUUUCGAGGUUGUGUUUUUAGAGGUCGUGAUGAAAGGCCAAAUUCAAUCAAUCGUGGAAAUUUUCUUCAAAUAGUGAAAUUAUUGGGAUCAUAUAAUGAUAAUGUUGCUAAAGUAUUGGAUAAAGCUCCGAAAAAUGCCUCUUACACAUCACCAAAGAUUCAAAAAGAAAUUUUACAUAUUUUCUCAACCAAAGUGAAGAAUGCAAUUCGUGAAGAAAUUGGUGAUGCAAAGUAUUGCAUAAUUGUUGAUGAAGCUCGUGAUGAGUCAAAGAAUGAGAAAAUGGCUAUAGUUUUGAGAUUCAUUGACAAAGAUGGUUUUGUGAGAGAGCAUUUUUUUGGGCUUAUUCAUGUCUCUAACACUGCUGCAUCAACCCUAAAAGAUGGAAUAUAUUUUGUAUUGUCUCAUCACAAUUUAGAUAUUCAGAAUAUUCGAGAACAAGGACACGAUGGUGCAAGUAAUAUGCGAGAUGAGUGGAAAGGAUUACAAGCAUUAGUUUUGAAUGAUUGUCCAUAUGCUUAUUAUAUUCAUUGUUUUGCACAUCGUUUGCAGUUGGCUUUAAUGGCAGCAUCAAAAGAUGUUAUCCCAAUUCAUAAAUUUUUUCCUAAAUUGACUUUUGUUAUCAAUAUUGUUGGUGUCUCAUGCAAGCGCAAUGAUGAAUUGAAAGUUGCGCAAGCUGCUGAAAUUGAACAUAUUAUUGACAUUGAUAAGCUCGAGACUAGAAUGGGACUUAACCAGAUUGGCACUUUACAAUGA